AUGGGCUCCGUGCUGCCCGGCCCCUCUCUGGGCCUGAAGUCCGUCUUCAAGCCGCAGCAGCAGCAGCUCUCCCUGGCCGAUGUCAUCACCUCCGACAUCCUGCACAGCUUCCUGUACGGCCGGUGGAGGCACGUGCUGGGCGAGCAGCACCACCUGCACCCGCACGAGGACCGCAGCGCCCCGAGCGCGAGCCCCAAGACCGCGUUCACCGCCGAGGUCCUCGCGCAGUCCUUCUCCGGAGAGGUGCAGAAGCUGUCGAGCCUGGUUCUCCCGAGCGAGGUGAUCAUCGCUCAGAGCUCCGUGCCAGGAGAAGGUUUGGGGAUCUUCUCGAAGACGUGGAUUAAAGCAGGAACAGAGAUGGGACCGUUCACCGGACGUCUGAUUUCCCCUGAACACAUCGACCUGUACAAGAACAACAACCUCAUGUGGGAGGUGUUUAACGAGGACGGGACGGUCCGAUAUUUCAUCGACGCGAGUCAGGAGGACCAGAGGAGCUGGAUGACGUACAUCAAGUGUGCGAGGAACGAGCAGGAGCAGAAUCUGGAGGUGGUGCAGGUCGGCAGCAGCAUCUUCUACAAGGCCGUGGAGACGAUUCCUCCGGACCAGGAGCUCCUCGUGUGGUACGGAAACUCCCACAACACGUUCCUGGGAAUACCGGGAAUACCUGGAGGAGACGAAGAGCAGACCAAGAAGACAAAGACAGAUGAGUUCCACACCUGUGAAGGCUCCUCCUCCUCUUCCUCCUCCUGCUCUUCCUCCUCCUCUUCCUCCUCCUCCAUCAGUGUUGGUCGCAUGCGUUGUGUAAUCUGUCAUCGCGGGUUCAACUCCCGCAGCAACCUCCGCUCUCACAUGAGGAUUCACACGCUGGACAAACCCUUCGUCUGCCGCUUCUGCAACAGACGCUUCAGCCAGUCGUCGACUCUGAGGAAUCACGUGCGCCUGCACACCGGAGAGCGACCGUACAAGUGCCUCGUCUGCCAGUCCGCCUACUCCCAGCUGGCCGGGCUGCGCGCGCAUCAGAAGAGCGCCCGGCACCGGCCAUCUGCAGACGCCAAUGCUAAGGCUAACGCCAUCGCUAUCGCUAACGCCGCCGUGGGAGGAGGGAACAUGAUGGUGCACUCCCCUCAGAAUCACCCCCCCCAGCUGAGCAUGCCUCACCCAGCCUCUCUGGUUCACCACAUCCCCACCAUGGUGCUGUGAGAGGCAUCACUGAACAAGAGCUACUGAAUUAUACAUUUGUCAGCAGUUUUAAACACGUUGUUAAAGUUGUAAAUUGAAAACAGAUCAACAAAAAAGCUGGCUAGGUUUAGCUCAAUAUUAUGGUUGAAACUAUUGAUCAAUCAACGCUAAAAAUGACAUGCUUGUUGAACUAAACUCCAUCCAGUCACAGUUGAAGGGUAACGUUACGUAUCUUAUCCCGGGUAACGUCAGAAACCGUAGAAGUUCUGGUUAAAGUUGUACUAUUGAAAACAGAUCAACAGAUGUUUUAAUUCCUCCUGGCUAGGUUCAGCUAAACUUCGUGGUUCGCCUUCCAAGAGGUACGUUUAAUAUGUGACGGACGAACAUUGAGCCAGAUUAUUCGUACAUCAUGAAUCCUCUGACGUUACCAUUCACCGAACCUGCAUCGUUGGAGCAAAGAAACCCUGGCUAGGUUUAGAUAAAGAUUUUGGUUUGGCCUUAGAGUACUCUUUUGAAGUACCCGAAUACUGACGUUCCCAUUGAACUAAAGUCCAUCCAGUCGCAGACGAAGGGUAACGUUACGUAUCUUAUCCCUCAGAAACCGUAGAAGUUUGAACACGUGGUUUUGGUUGUAAAUGGAAACAAGACUACUUGGUUGAGACAACAUUGGGUUUCGGCCAUAUACCCCCCAUGGUGCUGUGAGAGGGCAGACAUGAGUCACAGCAGAACAAUAACUAGUGAAUUAUACAUUUGAACCAAACUGCGUCCUCAAUAACCGUAAAGGGUAACGUCAGCAGUUUUAAAAAACGUGGUUAAAGUUGUAAAUUGAAAAAGAUCAACAGAUCUUUAAAUCCGGUUGAACUAAACAUCGUGGUUUGAAACAUAUUUAAAAAAAGCCAGAUUAGUCGUACGUCAUGAAUCCUCUUACGUUCCCAUUCAACGAACCUGCAUCAUUGUCCUUGGUAUCGGCCAGUAAACCCUUUCCUCUAGCGUUGGCUAUAAAUGACGAUUGAUCACCGUUGUUUACGUGCGUGCAGCAUCGUGCCACAUGUAUGUCUGCAUUAGGACACAGUGACAUCACGCUUCAGUAGCUUUAAGGUGUUAGUGUACACACCUAAGAUUAUAUCGCACCAUAUUGGGUGCCAA